AUGAGCUCGAGCGAGAUGAAGGACACGUCGAUGACGACGAGCUGCGUCGGCGCCUACAGCGCGGACAAGGGCCGCGUCGAGAUCCUCGCCAACGCCGAGGGCCACCGGACGACGCCCAGCUACGUCGCGUUCGCGUCCGGCGGCGAGCGCCUCGUCGGCGACGCGGCGAAAGCCCAGGCGUCGCGCAACGCGACGGGCACGAUCUACGACGCGAAGCGUUUGAUCGGUCGCCGCGCCGGCGACGCGUCCGUGAAAGCCGACGAGAAGCGCUGGCCCUUCGCGGUCGCCGCCGGAAAAGACGGCAAAGCGAUGGUCAAGGCCGUCGGCCCCGACGGCGACGCGCAGACGCUCCACCCCGAGGAGAUCUCCGCCGCCGUGCUCUCGAAGCUCAAGAAGGACGCCGAGGCGGCGCUGGGGAAGGCGGUGACGAAGGCCGUGAUCACGGUCCCCGCGUACUUCAACGACGCGCAGCGGCAGGCGACCAAGGACGCGGGCGCGAUCGCGGGCCUCGAGGUGCUGCGCAUCAUCAACGAGCCCACGGCGGCGGCCCUGGCCUACGGCCUGGGCGGCAAGGACAGCGCGGGCGCCGACGCCGACGCGAAGAACGCCGCGAAGCCCGUCAAGGUCCUGGUCUACGAUCUGGGCGGCGGCACGUUCGACGUCACGCUGCUGGAGAUGGAGGCCGGCGUGCUCGAGGUGAAGGCGACGGCGGGGGACACGCACCUCGGCGGCGAGGACUUCACGAACGCGUUGGCGGACCACGCGGCGGCGGCCUUCGCCGCGGCGAAGCCCGGGCUCUUCUCCGGCAAGUCCGGCGCCGCGGACGCGUCGUGGCUCGACGCCAAGGCGCGGCGGCGGCUCUACCUCGCCUGCGACACGGCGAAGAAGGCCUUGAGCGCGUCGUCGAAGACGGCCAUCGAGGUCGACGCGCUCUACAAGGGCGAGGACUUCGGGCCGCUCGACGUGUCCCGCGCGACGUUCGAGAGGCUCAACGACGCGGCCUUCGACCGGUCCAUCCGGUCCGUCGCGCGCGUGCUCAAGGACGCCAAGGUCGAGGCGUCCGACGUCGACGAGAUCGUGCUCGUCGGCGGCAGCACGCGCGUGCCCAAGGUCCGGGAGAAGCUCCUGGCGUUCUUCGAGGCCAAGGGCAACAGCCGGCGCACGCUCAACUGCAGCCUCAACCCCGACGAGGCCGUGGCCUACGGCGCGGCGGUCCACGCGGCCGUGCUCGCGGGCGCCGACGCCGACGGCAACCUGGGGGACCUCGUGCUCCUCGACGUCGCGCCGCUGAGCCUCGGCAUCGAGACCGCGGGCGGCGUCAUGGCGCGAUUGAUCGAGCGGAACACGACGAUCCCGGCGAAGCAGUCCCAGACCUUCACGACGCACGCGGACAACCAGCCGGGCGUCGACAUCAAGGUCUACGAGGGCGAGCGCGCGCUCACGCGGGACAACCGGCUCCUCGGCGACUUCUCGCUCGGGGGCAUCGCGCCCGCGCCGCGCGGCGCGCCGCGCAUCACCGUGACCUUCGACGUCGACGCCAACGGCAUCCUCAGCGUCUCCGCCGACGACCAGGCGAGCGGGCGGAGCCAGAAGAUCACGAUCACCGCGGACAAGAAGGGCGGCAAGCUGAGUCGGGCCGACGUCGAGCGCAUGGUCGCGGACGCGGAGGCCCACGCGGCCGACGACUCCGCGGCGCUGGACCGGGCCCACGCGCGCAACGACUUCGAGGCGGCCUGCUACGCCGCGCGGUCCACGCUCGCCAAGGCCGACGCGGUCGACGAGUCCGACAAGACCGCCGUCGAGCGCGAGGUGUCCGCGGCGCUCGCGUGGCUCGAGGCCGAGGCCGGCGCCGACGGCGACGCGGUCCGCGCGCGCCGGGCCGACUUCGACGCCAUCGUCCACCCCGUCGUCGCGAAGAUCUACGAGAGCCAACAGCCCGACGAGCCGCCGCCGGACGCCGCCGGCGACGACGACCAGUUCUUCGACGGCGACCGCAAGUAA